UGACGUGGCACUUGACAAGGAUGCCACAUGGUGAAGGUCAAUUAAUUCUUCUUCUUCUUAUUAUUUUCAUGCUGUAAAAUGCUAACCUUUUUUCUUUACAAAAAUUCUCAAUUCGAUGCAACAUUAUUAUUCCUUUGCAGCAAAAAAAUAAAAAAAAAUAAAAAAAAAGAGAGUCUGAAGUCGAAACUUGAGGUCAUCUGCUCCACUAGUUAACAUUGAAGACUUGUACGAAGUUUCUACUUCUGCAGUCUCCUCCAUUUCUUCUAUGCUCAAAAGCUUAUAGCACACUUUCCUCUCUCACAUCGGGUUAGUUGGUUGCAGUGCAUGAGAUCGAAAAGGUUGAUCUUAUUGUAUGAUAUUAUCAAGAAGAAAAUGAUGAGAUUAUAAGAAACAUGAUGAAUGAAAGUUCAAGUAAAGUUCAGCAGGGCAAUCAACAAGAGGGCGAGAACAUUAAAAUUGAAAAGUUGUCAAAGGCGGCCUCCACCUCAAGAUCAUGGUCAGCAUUCAGAAACCCAAGAAUUGUACGAGUGUCUCGUUCUUUGGGAGGAAAAGAUAGGCACAGCAAGGUUUGCACCAUUAGGGGACUGAGGGACCGAAGGAUUAGACUGUCUGUGCCCACAGCAAUUCAGUUAUAUGAUCUUCAAGAUAAGCUUGGACUCAACCAACCUAGCAAGGUGGUAGAUUGGUUGCUUGAAGUAACCAAAUCUGAUAUUGAUAAACUCCCACCACUUCAAUUUCCUCACUGUUUUGCUCAGUUUCACCAACAAACUCCACUGUCAGGUACCUCUCAGUUCUCUCUUGGAAGCUUGUAUGAUGGUGUUAAUUCCUCUUUUUUAAAGGAUGGGGGAAACCAAAAUCUCAUGACAAAGUCAACAAGGUAUUGGGAUUUAGAUUCUCAAAACCGUACGGAGUUAGCUGAAAGUGUCUCAACCUCCCAGAAGGGCAAGUUCUGGAUCAAACCAAAUGAACUAGAAAAUCAUCAAAAUGGAAUUGUUGGUACUAGUACUCGUAAUAGAGAAGAAUCUUCAGCUCAUUGUAAGGUCUUCCCCCUUGGGACUAAUAGCUCUUAUUUACCUGGUUUGUCAAACAAUGCCAUCACACAUAACUCCUACCACCAUUCUGAGCCUUCAACUCUAUCUUUAUCCCACCUUGGAAGCCAUGAAUUAUUUCCUUCCCAUCCAAGCACUGGCAGUAGUGUGCAAUUUUCAUCUUCUAAUUUCUGUGGAGCAUCUGGUCCCCAAUUACUUUUUUCUCCACCUUCUGCUACACCAUCUGCUUUUUACUCGGUGGAAAGCGAUCCAAGACAAUCCAACAGUAUUCAGAUCUUUAGCUCUAGUUCCCAAGUCAUGAUGCCUCAUCCUCUCAUCCAAUCUAUUCAUUCCACCACUUCACCUCUUAGACGCCUUCCAACAUCAUUAAGUUCCAAGCUUUUUGAUUCAGAUAAUACCGAUCGUAGCCAACAAGGUAAGGGUAGUACUCGUUCUUGAACCUCCUCAUCAUCUCCCUUUCUCUCGCAAACGAUGUCAACAACGCAAACAAGAUAUAUAUCAGUAUUCAACAGGCUAAAGCGCGUGAUUCUUAAUUUUGUAAGUAUGGCAAUGCUGGCUAUACAUAUACACUAUUUAUAUUUGAAUUGAACUUUGUGGUUGCAACCUUUAGAUACCUUGUUGCUUAAUCAUUAUGAAUACGAGGUAUAAUAAAAUAUUCUGAAUUAGUGCUCAUGUGCUUAUGUGUUAGAUCUUUCAUAUGAAUUUGUUGGAGUGUUUUAAUCUAAUAGUUUAAACUCUUAAAUAACCGAGUGGGACGAGUUCGAUCAUUUUCAUCAUAGGUAGACUCUACUAGACUUCAAGUCCAAAUAGUUCUAGUGUUUUCCUUUAAACUUGAAUUAUAUUUUGGUUCAUGACACCAUAUACACAACCUUGAGUCAUGUAUAGUAAAUGGUUUAACUCUUGGGACAAAUAAUCAUAACGUAAAUAUUUUAUCAAAACAAAUACAAAACUGAUGAGCCUCAAAUGUUUUCUUGUGCAGAAUAGAAAGUUCGACAUGAGACUUUCUUAUCUGAUGAUUUGAUCUCUUAUAGAUUGGAUUAUGUUUCAUGUUAUAAGUGAUAAUUGAUGAUUACGUUGAAAGUCAGAUUAAGGUGUAGUAUAUAAAUACAAGUGAAGUCAGCAGUGUACUAUAAUUAAGAGAAAACUCAUGAAAGUGGGGUAGCCUUGUACUCCAUCUUUCAUUGACAUAUUAUGCUUUUAUCAAAAUGCUAUUAUCCCAUUUGAGUACAAAAGGAAGCUUAAACUGGUACUAUUCUCACAGCAUUCUAAUUGAGAUCACUGUGUACUGAGCAUAUGGUAAUGUUUGUUUGAAAAGAGUACAAUAAAUUAAUUAUGAAGUCCAAGAUGCAUACAUAAUUGAUGUAGCUUGAUCAACAGAUAUACACUGUUCUUGCUUUUUGAACUUUACGUGCUAUCUCUCUCACACACUUGCAUGCUGUACUCUCAUUUUAAAUGGAAGGCAUAGGAGUAAUGGGGAUUUUCCAAAUGAUUCAAAGUGUCUUGUUGAACAAUAUAUUAUUUUAUUUGCCAUUUAACGCUGCUCUUGAACUUUUUUCUCCUAACAUGUGUUGCUUUUUGCGGACGAUUUGACCAAGGAAGUGUUGAAAAUGAAUCCCAAGAAGGCUUCUCUCACCUGUACACAUCCAUGCACUCAUAUUUAAGCUUUCUGCAUAAUUGCUAUUUUCAGAAUGUCAGAUUUAAGCUGAGUGAAACCAAGACAUGUGUAUGAUGCAAAAGGAUCACAACGGUUCGGCCUAACAGCCAUAUAAUA